AUGGGGCUUAUCGAGACAAACCCGGUAAGGCGCGGUCUGCGCAAGCGCGAGGAUAGGGUGUACGAAGACAAAAUCAGCCAGGUGGUCCAGCUCACAGGCAAGACGAAAGACGAGGCUGUCAUAGCGCUGUACGACUGUGAUGACGACCCCAACCGAGCAAUCAACAUGCUGCUGGAGGGCGAUGACCAGGGCGAGUGGGUGGAGCAGACGAAGAAGAAGAAGCCGCCGAAGCCGAGGAAGACGCGCGAGAGCUGGGAGAACGAGAAGAACGCCGCCGGCUGGGAGGGUCUGAUGUACUCGUCGAGUUUCGCGUCAGCCGGCGGCCUCAGCGGCGGACUGAAGGCGUCAGCGUCCCCGUCAGCCGCCCCCAGCACCUCGCUGUCGCAGGCCAUGGCUGGCAGGUCCGGCCGGCCACAGAAGGCGCGGCUCCCUCCACAAGCCAAGAUCCCGGACAUGGCGGUGGAGAUGCCCGGCGACGCCGUCUCCUCGCUGGACGUCAACAACGGCACGUUGCUGCCCGAGCGGCUCGGCGCGCCAGCUAAGACGAGCCAGUACGAGCCGGCGUCGAGCGGCGGAUCGGCGCUGACGUCGGCCGUCUCGUCGACGGCGUCAGCAUCGCCGGCAGGCCUGGGCGGCUCCUCCAGCGGCGGGCGUGCUCCUCACACGGCUACCACUCGGCCGGGCGGCGUGCCGGCCGUCCCGCCGGCAUUGCCCAUGCAGUACUUCCUGGGCCAGACGGCGGGCAUGCCGGCCUUCUACCCGGGCAUGCAGCCCAUCUACAACUACGAGGAGUUGCACGCUCUCCAGCAGCGGCUACCGCACAUGCAGCAGCAGGCAGCGGCGGGCCAGGGUCGGGCGGACCUGCCGUCCUCGCUCGGCUCCAGCGGCUCCUACUCCCUGAACGAUAACAAGUUUGGCCGGCACGACAACUCGUCCCCCGUCCAGUCGGCGCUCAGUCAGCAGCUGAAGUCGCAUCAGCAGCAGCAGCAACACCACCACCACCAACAGCAGCAGCAACAGCAACAACAGCAGCAACAGCAACAGCAACAGCAGCAGCAGUUCUUCAACCCGGCCGCGAUCCCGCCCAACUACACGUAUUUCCCAUUCAUGCCGCAGUACGGCAUCUACACGCCCGUGCCGCCGGCGACGGCGGCGCCGGCCUCCUCGGGCGGCGGCCAGUACCAGAAGCUGGCCGGCUUCGGCGCCGGCUCCGCGUUCGGCGGCACUUACGACGGUCUGGGCGGCUCGGCCGGCGACUUCAAGGCGGGCGGCUUCGGCGGCGCCUCGCCGCACAAGGCGGCCGGCGGCGGCGCCGACCUCGGCUCCGGGUACGGCAAGGCGCAGCUGGGCGGCAAGUUCGACAACAAGGCCUACCACACGGGCACGCCGCCGCCGUUCCAGAUGGCCGGCCAGGGUCAGAGCGGUGCGUACGGCCAGCACCUGUUCCUGCAGCCGAUGCCGGCACAGGCGCACUCGCCGCUCGUGCACGCCGCGCACCAGGAGUCGACGCUGGGCGGCCCGACGCGCGGCGGCCCGCCGGGAAAGCCGACUGGCAAGCCCAGCUACGGCUACUCCUGGCCGGGCAACUAGCGCCGCCGCGACCGUCGGCCGCUGCCGGCGCCGCCGCGCCAGCCGACGCCGGCCCGGCUCGCCGCCCCUCUGUAUAUCGCUCCGCGGGCGUCCGAUGCACUCCGCUCGCGAGAGCGGCGGCCCACCGGUUUCGCCCUCGUGUUUGUGAAAUUCUUUUUGGUCAUCGGUGUUCGUUUUAGGUAUGUAGUAAGUCGCCUGAGCCAGUGUGUACAUAGUGUGCUUGAUAGGCCCGGCUGGGGGCGCAGUUUGCUUGGUCCGAUAAUCAUGUGUCCGGUACAAAGGUGCUUGGGUCGCCGGGUGCCGUCAGCGGCCACGUCGCAGCCCCGUCUCGGUUGGCCGGUUCGGGCGAUCGGGCGGCGCACCCUCACACCUGUGAUACUGGUCUGAGCGGGGCCGGCCGGCCGCCGUCCCUCCACCUCUCGCCGUGCGUGGGUAGAACGCGCGCGCCGCGGUCCACGCGCCGCUGCAAGUUACGUGUCGCCACUACUUCUGCUUUCAUAUUUUGUAAAGCUUUCCCGAAGGUCGUUCUCGGUAAAUACAACGCGAAAUGGUU